UGACAGGUAUAUGAUCUUGCUCUGUGGCAUCGGUUCAUUAAUAAUAACACAUUUCGUGUUUUCUGCAGUCAAUUGCUGAAAAUGAAGUGUAUCUACCCAGUGAUGAAAUAUGGACCUAUGAUACUGACAUGGGGAUAUGGUAAGCUAAUGCACAGUAACUCCAUACCCAUGGACUGGCCCCCAUCUUCCACACGAGCCCCAAGAUCCGAGGCCAUGCUUAGAAAUCAGCCUUAUUACAGCUUCCUACAGUAAAAGCAUGGCAAGGUGUAAUAAAGCACAGUGAAGGCAUGCUGAAGCACACAACAGCUAAGCACUGUAAAGCACAGAGAGGUAUGGUGAAGCAUAUGCGACAUGGCAGUGUAUACUGUGGUAGCUUUAAGGUGCUUUUUAAUGGCCGAAUCGCAGCGAAUGGUAGCCGAGGAGAGAAGCGGCCACUGUGCCGUUGUAGAUGGGAAUUGUCUUUAUGUUUGGGGGGGAUAUAUGUCAAUUGCUGAAAAUGAAGUGUAUCUACCCAGUGAUGAAAUAUGGACCUAUGAUACUGACAUGGGGAUAUGGGAAACCCAUUCGAUGGAAGGAGACAUCCCACCUCCAAUGUCCGGGAGUUGUGAAGCCUGUCUGAAUGGAGUCAUGUACAUCUUUGGUGGAUAUGAUGACAAUGGCUAUACAAACCAGCUCUAUUGUGUUAACCUAAAGGACAAUAAUGGAAAAUUCACGUGGAAGAAAAUCACCAAUUUCAAGGGAUGUCCUCCAACACCGAGAGACAAACUGUCCUGCUGGGUGUAUGAUAACAGGAUUAUCUACUUCGGUGGUUAUGGCUGCAAGAAACUGAAUGAACUGAGUGACUCCAUGAGCUUCUGCACAGACGAGGUGUCUUGGGUGGGGGAGAUGUUUUGGGGGUGGAAUAAUGAAGUGCAUGUCUUGGACCCCGCUACAGAAACCUGGACCCAGCCAGUCACACAAGGCACUCACCCAGCACCUCGAGCUGCCCAUGCAGGCACAACCCUGGGCAUCAAAGGCUAUGUGUUUGGAGGGAGAGUGCUGGGGACCAGAACUAAUGACAUACACUGUCUAGACCUUGGUACCUGGACUUGGUCAAACAUAAUUCACUCUUCUGUCAGAAGGCCUGUUGGCCGCUCCUGGCACACCGUGACCACAGUAUCUGAUUGCAUGAUGUUCUUAUUCGGUGGAUUAAGUGCAAACAGUGAACCUCUAGACGAUGGCUGGUUGUUUAAUGUCCAGACAAAAAACUGGACCCAACUUCAACAUUUACCCAAGAAUAAGCCAAGGCUGUGGCAUACCGCCUGUCUAGGACCGGAGUCUGAAGUGUUUGUUUUUGGAGGAAGCCAGGAUGACAUACUUUCAGUGGACAGAGUUGUGUUUAGACUACAUGGGAAAAAAUGCCAAGCUUCUUCAGGAACAGCUGUCCUGGUUACCGCCGAAACUUUCUCACAAAGUUCAGGACAAGAUUUCAUUUUGGACUGGAGCUGGGACACCCCACGAGUAACAGGAAACUGCCGGGAGCAGAACUGUGAGACCAGCAGGUGGUGCUGUUGCAUAUAUAUUACCAAGGGUCACACAGAAGGAUGCUUGGAGGGAAACAUUUUGAGAACUCCCAAGAUCAGACAUGCAGAAACAGCCUGGCCAGUCCAAACUCCAUGGAACAAAAACCAACACGAGAACGUAUACACCACGAGAGACUAUUAAACACAACACAACAUACAAGCUGGAAAUAAUCAGCAAAUUGACAAAACCAUGUACAUUAUUCAUAAUAAACGAAGCACUUACUCCUGCACGCUGAUGAUCAGCUAGGACACAUUGCAAUGACAGAAUGCUAACCCAGGCUGACAUGCAGAAAGACCCUCUGCAGCUUCAUAAUUAAGGGUUGUGUGGGGAUGUGAGUUGGACGUUGGAACAGGAGCCUUGCCAGGUAAUGACUUUCAUUUGGUUACUGAUUUGAAAUUGUACACUCUGCCAUAGAAGCCCCCAGGCAGUCCCUCCUUCAUGCGUUCAACUGCACCAGAUCAUCUGCUUCACAUGGCCCUGCGGGUUACCCUCAUUGCAGGCCCCCCCUUUAAUCUGCCAUAACUGACUUCCAGGAGGCUAUGUGCUGCACAGUCAUGUUCCGUUAUUAUAUAUUAAUCUAGUAUUGAUUUCAGGGCGACGGUUUAAUCCAUUCUUUCGUAAUGUAAUAUUCAGUGCACUCUGCUGUGCUACCACCAGGAAACAGACCAAACAAGUGCGUGUUUGUUUACUGUUGCAUUGUAAGUGGUUGGCACUUCCUCUUUAAAAAAAUAAAUAAAUACAGUACUCUGAACAAAUAAACAAUAGAAAACACGUGUUGUUUUUUUGUUCAUGUAGCAGACUCUACUU